UGGAUACUGUUGCAGCUGUGAUGAUGGGUUACCACUGCAGGUGAAAAUGAAAACAUCGUUACUCGGCGACGCGAGAGGACAGUUUGCGCAUCGUUGUCUUGGACAUAAGUGAGCAAGCCUGUGUGUGUGUGUCUGUACAUAGUGCAUUAGUUUGCAGGAAUGUGUGUCAGUGUGUGUGGAUUAUGAGAAGAGCAUUGUGACCAACCGGGAGCAGAUUUUUGCUGCAAUGACCCGUUCGGGCACCGAUUUCUGUCCCAUUCUCUGGCUUUCUGCUCCUCUCAGCCCGGAUAUGCACCACCUCGGCAUCUUUUGACUUCAUGAAGAUUCCUGACAUCGGUAAUGUGAUGAAUAAAUUUGAGGUCCUUGGGAUUGUAGGAGAGGGAGCCUAUGGGGUGGUCCUGAAAUGCAGACAUAAGGAGACAAAAGAGCUUGUGGCCAUUAAGAAGUUCAAGGACAGCGAAGAGAAUGAGGAAGUUAAAGAGACGACGUUACGAGAGCUCAAGAUGCUCCGUACCCUGAAGCAAGACAACAUCGUAGAACUGAAGGAGGCUUUCCGUCGACGGGGAAAACUCUAUCUAGUGUUUGAAUAUGUGGAGAAGAAUAUGCUUGAGUUGUUGGAGGAAUUGCCUAAUGGUCCGCCACCUGAUAAAGUACGAAGCUACAUCUUUCAGCUGAUCAAAGCUAUUCACUGGUGCCAUAAAAAUGAGAUCGUUCACAGGGAUAUCAAGCCUGAAAAUCUCCUAAUAAGCUCCAAUGAUAUCCUGAAGCUGUGUGAUUUUGGCUUUGCCCGCAAUCUUUCUGAAGGCAGCGAUGCUAACUACACUGAGUACGUGGCGACCAGGUGGUACCGCUCACCUGAACUGCUCCUGGGAGCUCCAUAUGGGAAGGCGGUGGACAUGUGGUCGGUGGGGUGUAUUUUGGGAGAACUGAGUGAUGGGCAGCCCCUGUUUCCGGGAGAGAGUGAAAUCGACCAGCUCUUCACCAUUCAGAAGGUGUUGGGCCCCUUACCACCAGAGCAGAUGAAGCUGUUCUAUAACAACCCUCGUUUCGCUGGACUAAGAUUUCCUUCUGUAAGUCAUCCUCAGACGCUUGAUCGAAGGUACCUGGGCAUCAUCAAUGGACUCAUGUUGGAUUUAAUGAAGAACCUGCUGUGCCUGAACCCCACUGAACGCUUUCUGACAGAACAGUGUCUGAACCACCCAGUUUUUCAGGGCCUUAGAGGGCCAGAACGGCCAGCUGUCCCAUCGCCCACCCCACCUCGCUCCUCAAAGAGAAAACCAUACCACGGAGACAACACCAUACCCAGCCGGAGCCACGGAAGUAAGAGUUCAGGUCACCGGCAGGCUAACAGCAAGGACUGCUCGUCACUACCGCGCCAUGAGGACCUCCACCGGAGCACCGACGGCUUCCUGAACGGCAGCAACAUGCUGACCUCAUCCACCCUGAGUCCCACACUACACCCCAAGAGCUACCAGGCCCAGACCCUGAGCCGCUCGGCCUCUUGCAGCAAAGACUUGGCCAACAAUAACCUUCCCCACCUACUCAGCCCCAAAGACACAAAGGGAAAGACCGAAUUUGAUUUCAACCUGGGGCCUAAAUCUGGAGUUGCCUCUGUGGGAGGGGACACCUCUACCGGCAAGUACCUCAAGUCAUCCAAACCAGGCCGCCACUCGUCCUUCCUGGAAGGGAAGACCAGCACGCUGCAGUCUGGGGACAAGCACAGUCGCCAUAACUACAUGGAAUCUUCGCACGGAUCCAUGCCUUCCACAUCCUCCUCCAAAAGCUCCUCGUCCUUCCUCAGCCUGUCUAAGAGCCACGGAGCUCUGAAUGACACCAAGUCCGUAAGCAAUCUGACCGAGACACGACUCCAUCUGGAUGAUCCCAUGGUGGGAUCGGGCUCAGGCUCCCGCUACUUCCCGUCCAGCUGUCUGGAUCUAAACGCAGCUCCUGGGAGCCCGAGAGGUGAACGGCACGCUGGGGCGGAGCGGCAGGGUCACAGUCCCAGUAGCCGGGGGAACACGCGUCUGGAAGGGGGCACUCUGGACUCAAGACGUUCUUCGGGUCGGAAAAAGACGCCGGAUGAACCGAAGGCUUCGGACACGCUGGACCCAAGCAGAGCCGCGGGAGCAGGGGGCAGCCAUGCUCACAAUCUGCCUUCCCCACACGAAUCCUAUCCUUACGGUCUCGGCUACACCAGCCCGUUUUCCUCGCAGCAGCGACCUCAUCGCCACUCCAUGUACGUGCGGAGAGACCGACACCGGCCACACGGCCAGGAGGUGAAUUUGGUGGUCGGGCAGGGAGUGCCAACACGUGCCAGCAGCCUACAACUCCUCUCGCCGCAGCUCCAGCAUCGCACACUCCCACGCCACAACACCAGUUCCUCCCGAGAAGAACUCACGCAAGAUCUGAGCAGGAAUGACCAGUCUCCCAAAGAGAAGCCUCAUUCUCGCCCCCCGAUUAAAGAUUCUACGAGGGACAACACAGCUUCCUUCCACUCACAACGCCCAAAAAACGAGGUCCGAGAUCUCAACAGGACCCUCAGAACGCGUCCACUUACACACUCACUAGUUGCUACUGUUUUUCAUGCCUCGUCUUAUCUUUGUUUUUUAAUGCAUUGAUCAUAAAAGCAAUUCACAUUUAGCUUUCAGACCAUUGAUAUGGAUGUUUUGUAAAUGUUCAUGUCACUACAUUAACUGCUAGCUCAUGUCUUUAGCAUUAAAUAUCUCAGAUAAAUGUACAGUUCACCCAAAAAAAUUAAUUUCUGUC